AUGCUCUCUGCCUUUACCGCGCGGCCGAUCAUUGAGCUGCGGCCGCGCGACAAAUCCAAGAUAGAGACGAUCCUUGCACAUGGCGAUCGCAUUCUUGUCGGCCUCAACACCGGCUCCCUUCGAAUAUACAGACUCAACGAUCCGACCCCGGUCAUUGAAAAUGGAUAUGCAGCCAGCAACUCCGUUUCGAGCAGCCUCCCCCGAAACAACAGUGAUCAUCAGCAGCGCCCAUCCUCGCGCGGCUCUUCACGACCGACAGACCUCCUGCGCGAAGUCGAAAAGUUUUCCACGCGCGCCAUCGAGCAGCUUGCUAUCAUUAAAGAGGCCAACACCAUCGUAUCGCUGUCAAACUACCACGUGUCGCUGCACGACCUACAGACCUACGAGCUGAUUGAGACUCUUGACAAGACCAAGAACGCUUCGGGCUUCGCCGUCACCUCGAACAUCGUCAAGGACCCAGAUACAGGCAUACCCGAGAUCAUCUCGCGGCUCGCUGUUUCUGUCAAGAGGCGUCUAUUGCUCUGGAGCUGGCACGAGUGCGAACUCGGCGGCGAUAAUGCCGAGGUGGUGCUCGCCGAGUCGAUCCGCAGUGUGACGUGGGCAAGUGCUACCAAGGUUGUGUGCGGAAUGAAUGGCGGCUACGUCAUGGUUGAUGCCCUCACACACGAGGUAGAAGAUGUCGCCGGUCCAGGCACGGUCGGCGCGGCGGGACAAAGCAGCCGCUUCGGCGCGGUCAGCAGUGCGGGUAUGGGCUACAUGGGCCUGGGCGGUUACAUGCCGAAGCCGUUGGCGUCCAAGCUAGCUGAUGGCCAAGUUCUCCUGGCAAAGGAUAUCAAUACGCUAUUCAUAGACGACGCGGGCAAGCCGCUGGACAAACGACAAAUCCCUUGGGCGACGGCGCCAGAGUCUAUAGGCUACUCAUAUCCGUACAUUGUGGCUCUGCAGCCACCAGCAAAGGGGUCACUAGAAGUGCGAAAUCCGGAGACUCUUUCACUUGUGCAGACUAUAUCGCUCCCUGGUGCAGCUCAGCUAUACUUUCCGCCUCCGAAUGUGAGCCUAGCGCAUGCCGGCAAGGGAUUUCACAUCUCUAGUGAACGAUGUGUCUGGAAAAUGGGUGCCACAGAUUACGACGCGCAAGUCAAGGAGCUGGUUGAUGCUGGCAACUAUGACGAGGCGAUUAGCCUCCUCAAUCUGCUGGAGGACGCGCUGCUCAAGAGCAAGACGGACACAUUGAGAGAGGUCAAGAUGCAAAAGGCUGAGGUGCUCUUUGCUGAGAAAAAGUAUCGCAAGGCAAUGGACUUAUUCAAUGAAGAUACUGUCCACGCUCCACCGGAACGAGUGUUGGCCCUAUAUCCGCCCAUCAUCUCGGGCGAGCUCUCCAAAUGGGCUGGCAAAGAAGAGCCUAAAAAGGCGAACGAUGCCGAUGAUACGGUACCCCGAGCCAGUGUCGAAACACAGCGCAAGUCUGAGGAUGCUGGUGAGAACACUUCGACCGUCGGUCGAUUCGCGGGUUUAUUUAGAGGAUCACAACGUAGAACGGCUGCAGAUGCAGCGUCGAUAUUGUCAGUGAAAAGGGAAGCUUCAGACGUCCCGGACGAGAAGGACUCCUCAGACUCGGCAGCCGCGGUGGACAAGCCUCUUGAAGGUAUAGACUUGAUGAAGGCUGUCCUUGAGCUCAACGGAUAUCUGGCCGGCACGCGUGCACGUUUGCAGCGUGUCAUUGACCCCGCCACCGGACUCCUCAAGCCCAUAGACUCGACGCCGGGCGAAGAUCCUACAGAUCGUUUUCUCCGAAUGGGCCCGAAUGAAAGCGAAGCGCAACUGCAGGAAAAGCUCCAACGCACGUUUCGUCUUGUUGACACGACGCUGUUUCGCGCCUACAUGCUCUCGCAGCCCUCACUCGCCAGCUCGCUCUUUCGCAUCCCCAACUUUUGCGACCCCGACGUGGUCAACGAGAAGCUCGUGGAGCAAGACCGCUACAACGAGCUCAUUGACUUUUUCUACGGCAAGAAGCUGCACAGGGAAGCCUUGGCGCUUCUCGUCAAGUUUGGCGCCGCGGCCAAGCCGGACGAGCGCGCGCCGGCGCUGCACGGUCCUAAUCGCACCAUCCAGUACCUGCAAAACAUGCCGUCGUCGGAGAUUGACCUGAUUCUGGAGAAUGUGGGAUGGACGCUGCGUGUGAACCCGGCGUUUGCCAUGGAGGUUUUCACGGGCGACACGGAGAAUGCGGAGACGCUACCCCGGGAGCGCGUGUCGGCGUUUCUACGGACGGUAGACACGGCGUUGGAGCGACAGUACCUCGAGCACGUCAUCAUGGAGCUGGACGAUGCUACGGCGGAUCUGCACAAUAGACUCGUGGAGCUGUACAUCUCGGCGUUGGUGGAGUUGAAGCAUAGUGACGACGAGUGGGAGCCGCUGAUGGAGCGCUUUCUCAAAUUUCUGCAAGCACCGAAUCCUGUGUACAGUCUCGGCAAGGCGUUUUCCACGAUUCCCAGGAAUGACGCGUCCUUUUACGAGGCACAGGCUGUGGUGCUGAGCAACAUGGGACAACACAAGCAGGCCUUGGAGAUUCUUGUUUUCAAGAUGCAAAACUAUGCCAAGGCAGAAGAAUACUGUAAUCGUAUCCAGCGACAAGCUCUUCCUCGGUCCGCCAACGACACAUCUCAAGACGGCGACGACGGCGACGACGAUGACAACGACACGCCAAACAUCUACCACACGCUCCUUUCUCUAUACCUCCAGCCAUCGUCACCGCACAAGCCGCAGCUCGAGCCUGCGCUCGAUCUCCUAUCCAAACACGGCGCGCGGCUCCCUGCGGCAUCGUCGCUCAGUCUCAUCCCCGACGACCUGCCCGUGAGCGCGCUCGAGUCGUACUUUCGCGGGCGCAUCCGCUCGGCCAACAGCAUGGUCAACGAGGCGCAGGUGGUGGCGGCGCUGCGCAAGGCCGAGGGCAUCGCCGUGGCGGCGGCGCUGCACGUGGGGGAGAAUGGCGCCAAGGGACGCAACAGACACGUAUCCAUUACGGACGAGCGGCUGUGUGUCGUAUGCCAUCGACGGCUGGGUGGCGGCAUGCGCGUCGGCGGCAGCGUAGUGGCGGUAAUGCCGGAUAACACGGUCGUGCAUUGGGGAUGCCUGAGCAGUGUGGGAGGGGAGCAGCGGCCGAAGACGCCGAGCUGGGCCCGGCACUAG